AUGAUACAGCUCAUCAUAGGCUUGGCGGCCCUCCUUGCUGCUUUCUGGAAGAGUCUGGGCAAGUUGGCAUGGCCCUUUUGCCGAGAAUGGCUUUCACAAGGCCCGACCUUUGGCUUCUUGCACCUCAUCGAGUUGCGAAGGACAUCGUUGCGGGAGCGAGCACUGCAAGUGAUCAGCGAUGCCUUGGCCAGCUCAUUGCCUUUCAGAGCGCUGGGCGUGGAAAUCGGAUACCUCUCAGUGUCGAUAGGAUUCCUGGUUGGCAUCCGGAUCCAUGCGCACAUGGUGACGAUGACGAUGGAGCGCUUGCCCGACGAGGCGCAGUGGUCUGGAGAGGAAGCGAUCCGAGAGGAGGCCAUGAAUGCAAGUGCGUCCGAAGCACGGAAGUUCAUAGGCGCUGUUGCAGCGGCUAAGAAGCCUAGAACACCUGGGGGCGUGCUGGCUCGCCUGCUGGAGCGGUUCAUCGCUGGUGCCAGGAUUUCCGUGGAGGAUGUCCAAGUGCUCUUUCAGGAUCCAUCUGGCCGAAGAGAACUGUCCAUAGGUUUGCAGUUGCAUCUCCAGACUUCCAGAAGUUGGAAGAUUGAAUUCAGGGGUACGCACCUUUGGGUCGACGCUCAGCUGGCCAUCCAAGCUGGAGGCGAUGAGCUUUUGGCACCUGUGAAGCUCACGGUGGAUGCCGAUUUGCCCAAAGUCUUGCGGACCAUGUUGGCUGCCUGGCGGUCUGAUGUCGAAGUUGUCCAUACUUUUGGACAGCCGUAA